AAAGUCAAGGGGUGUGAAUACUUUCCGAAUGCACUGUGUAUUCUGUAGAGUAAUUGAACGCUGACAACUUCAUAUUCUGUUUAUAUAUCAUUGUUUAUUCAUUGUGUAUGUACACUGGGUAUGCCAAAAAUAUGGAACAUCUUCCUAAUAUUCAGAUGCACCCCCACCUCUUUUACCCUCAGAACAGCCUCAAUUCGUCAGGCCAUGGACUCUAAAAGGUGUCAAGCGUUCCACAGGGAUGCUGGCCCAGUUUGAUGCCAACGCUUCCCACAGUUGUGUCAAGUUGGCUGGAUGGCCUUUGGGUGGUGGUCAUUCUUGAUACACACAAGAAACAGUCGAGCGUGAAAAACCCAGCAGCGUUGUAGUUCUUGACACAAACCGGUGCGCCUGGCACCUACCAAUUUUCUCAAGGCUUAAAGAUCUUUCUUUAACCUGUCUCCUCCCCUUAAUCGACACUGAUUGUAGUGGAUUUCACAAGUGACAUCAAUAAGGAUUUUUGUUUAUUAUUUGUAUUGUAUUUGUGAGACAUUCUACUGCAUCGUUGAAGUUAGAAACACAAUUUUGCUGCACCUGCUAUAACACCAGCAAAUCUGUGUACGCGACCAAUACAUUUUGAUUUUGAAUUUAAUUUGAUUAGGGCUGGGGUUGAUUGAGAAGUCACCUCCGGGCUAGGCGGUGGACAGCUUUCACAGUGCUGUCAAUGGUGUGAUGGGCUUAGGUCCCCUGGGAGCCUCUGUGCCCCUUCAGUGCUGCCAUGUUGCUAGGAGACAGAUAGAUCCUGACUGCCUGUUGUCCCGUGUGGCUGUGGUCGAGCUUAGGUAGCCGACUCAUUUUAGAACGUGGACUUUGUUCAAUGAUCCAGGCUCUUUCAGAACAGCCAGUCACAACUCUCAGAGGGGAUCAACAACAUGCCAUCUAUGUGCCUCAAAACGACUAUCCAAUACCAUGUCAUGCAGCUCACUAGCUUUGUCCUAAUAUAGACUGACCAUUGUUUUAAGAUUAAAAGACCAUGCAUGAUUACAAAUAAUUAGUCACCUCAGUGAGCAUGAUCUUUGUCAUCAUGUAGUUUGCGUUGAAUUCCAGUUGAUUGUGUAAGCACUCUAGCUGCAAGGGACAAACUUGUGUAAGUACACUAUAGUCGGGCUUUUCUGAGUACUGUCUAUGUGUAACCUUAUAGGACAUUGAUUGAUGAAACUGAGGCAAUAGGAAAGGAAUGGAUCAUGCAUCCAACCCCAGGUUUGUCAUCAAUAUCAUACCCAUGACAUUGUCAGUGAUGACUUUGUCUACUGUUCCUCUGGACGUACUUGUGCAGUAUUUGAGCCAGAACUCACUGACUCUAUAUGGCCAAACAAAAUAUCGCUGGAAUAUGAAUACAUUACAUAAUCACAGUCUACUCUAUGAAAACAAUGAAAUCCUCUUUACCAGGAGUUAAGGGGUGUCCAGUGUUUGUAACCUGACACCAGGCAGUCUGGGGCCACAUUUACCCACUGUGACACACUGGUGUGAGAGCUGCUCUCUCAUUGGCGCUUUCUGAAAGGCUCAACGGCCAGCUCAGAGAAGACAAGUCCUCUCCUCCACAAAAAGACCAUCCAUAAUGCUUCCACUCUUACAACGACCUUGUCAUUGUGGAAGAAAAUAAACACUCGAUAAUAACAAAUGUAAACAUAAAGUUGUAGAUAGGCAAUAACAGGGGUUGCAACCACUGUCUUGUUAUGGCAAUUGACAAUUUAGUCCAGUCUGUCUCAAUUUAGUCCAGUCUGUCUGCAUGCAGAAUGUAUAACAUGAAGCUCACACCCGUUUCCACCUGAGUUUCACAGACUCUCUGACUUGUGUACCACUCCAAAAGAUAAGAAAAAAUGUCCUACCAGCUUGUGUUUUUCUCUCUUGUAAUUUAUGCCCUUUUAAACAUUUGUCUUUGUACUCUAACGUGACAACAGAUUGUAACCCAAACAUCCAUCGAAAAGCACCAUUUACUUUUGGAAUGCAAGUAUUUGCCAGUUGAUGUGACUAAUUUUCAAUGUCAGAAGUUGUUUUCUCAUGAACAUAAAUCAAUACUAAAAUCCAUAGUUAUAUAAAUCAGUUGGGGCAAGACAGGGUGGAGCUUGUGUUAGUGGAAUCAGUUGUUGCAGUAAUGCUGUGAGUUGCUGUUAUUCCAUUGAUUGUUUCAGUUAUAUAUUAUUCUUACAAUUUAUUUUUUAAAUGUUUUUGUUAAAUGUUUUGUUGUUUUAAUUGAAUUUUAAAUAUCAGUGUCUCUUUCAGUUGUGGCUCAUAUUGGGUCUCUGUAGUAUUAUGUCAUGCUUGUGCUGCUACUGAAUAGGCUCUCUCAUACAUAAAGUGCCUUUGUAUUGCAGCUCAGGUUUUUGUGGAUUAUAAUAGCAAUAUUUUUGCACAGUCAGCAUGGUAUGUGAGUGGAGAGUUCAGUUUCUGUAGCUUUGUGGUGUGACUAUAGGCAGAGUUUAUGUCGCGUUGCGUUAGUGCAUAGCUGUGUUGCCGGGGCUGUGUCACAGUGAGUCACCACAAGAGGGAGGGACUUAGGCAGGAGGACAAUGCUGGUGUUUGUGCAACGGCCCCUGAGUGGCGACUAGGUCUCUCAGAUCGCUCUCGCUUGAAUACCAUUGCUGCACACAUUGUUGAAGCGAAAGAAAAGUGGACAGCUUGAUCCUGCUUGUGGGAUGCACUGAGAGGGGGGACUAGUGUGAAAGGAGCGGAGCUGAAAGAAAGUUUCACAGAGAGGCUCAGUGAAAGGCAUGUGCAGAAUGUGAUUGGGCACUAGAAAUGCAAGUACAGAGCUGUAGUAAGAGAGGGAUCAAGAGGAACGGUUCAAAAGAGGAGGAUGGUUGUGGUGAAAGAUAAGAACUGAGGAGAAAUCAACAGAAAGACAGGAACCACUUGUAUUCCUGUGUAGCACAGCAGAGCAGGAAGACUGGCCAGAGGACACCGGUUAAGUUCAGGUGGUGGGUGCCACAUUAUAGCGGAGAGGAACCCCAAUGGUUCCCCACUGUGGAAGAACAGACACCACAUUGAUACCAUAGAGGCGGCAAGCUGCAUUUGUGCUGGAGUCAGGUGGGCCGGUAAGGGUACGGUAGUGGUGACACCUUGGGGCUGAGCAGGUGUGCCGAUCGGAGGAGGAGGAAGGAAACUGACGUGGGCCUGGAGCCCAGUGACAGCCAGGAUGGCCGAGCAGAAAGUUAGCCUACCUGCUAAGCUGAUUAAUGGGGGCGUGGCAGGGCUGGUGGGUGUGACCUGUGUGUUUCCUAUUGAUCUGGCUAAGACCCGCCUACAGAACCAGCAGGGAGCCCGAGUCUACACCGGGAUGCUGGACUGUUUGACGAAGACAGUUAAGAUGGAAGGCUACUUUGGGAUGUAUAGAGGUGCAGUAGUGAAUCUCACUCUUGUCACACCAGAGAAAGCCAUCAAACUGGCAGCAAAUGAUAUCUUCAGACAGAAACUCUCCAAGGAUGGGAAGUUGCCCCUAUGGGGGGAGAUACUGGCAGGAUGUGGGGCGGGGACGUGUCAGGUGAUAGUGACCACACCCAUGGAGAUGCUCAAGAUCCAGUUGCAAGACGCAGGAAGGUUGGCUGCCAUAACCAGAGUGGUCCAAGCACCCACUGCAGCUCCUGGUCCAGCGCCGUCAUUGGUGGCCCCCCCUACAGCCCAGCCAGCCCCACCACCACGGACCACUGCCAUCCGAAUCACCCUGGAGCUACUGAAAACACGCGGCCUGCCUGGCCUCUACCGGGGAGCAGGAGCCACAUUGAUGAGGGACGUCCCUUUCUCUAUGAUCUACUUCCCGAUGUUCGCCAACCUGAACGCGCUGGGCCGAGGAGGGCCGAGUAGCCAUGGAGACCUGCAAGAGCGGGCCCCCUUCCUGCAGUCCUUCACGGCAGGCUGCACAGCCGGAUCAGUGGCAGCUGUAGCUGUCACACCACUGGACGUCAUAAAGACACGUAUACAGACCUUGCAGAAGGGGGAGGGGGAGGACACAUACCGUGGCAUUGUUGACUGCACACGGCGGAUCUGGAGUAAAGAGGGCCCAGCAACAUUCCUCAAAGGGGCGACAUGUCGCGCUCUGGUCAUUGCCCCUCUCUUUGGCAUCGCACAGGGGGUCUACUUUCUGGGCGUAGGAGAGCAGUUGCUAGGGCUACUGGAAUAGCAGCAGAAUGUGACCCUUUACAGUAUAGAACAUACUGCUUCAUUCACCAGUGAAAGUGAAUGGUGGGAGAGAGGAGUGUAGCCCUAACUGUAUGAGCACUGAGUGCAUGGAGAGAAAGACCGAAAGAGGGAGGUCACAAUCAGCUAACCAAAUGAUGAGGAAGAGAGUGAAGGAUGAUGGGGAGGCUCUAACUGCUAACAUGGGAAACAACAUUGCACACUAAUUAUGUUUGUCUAGAUUUCUAAAAUGUGUAAGCAGGGUUCUAUAGGUUAAAUAGGCUUCUAAGUGUAUAUGUACGUGACUAAUCUGGAGGUGUGUCUCAGCCAGGUUGGUGUCUUAGGGUUGUACUUUCAACUUGAGAGCCAACUCUCCAUGGUUCUUAUGCAGAAGGGUCCUUGAGUUUGCCAUCACUAAGGAAGUUGCCAAGCUAUCGUGUUAUUUGAGUGACAAAACCCUCUUGAAAUUUGAUUUCAAACUAUCAAAUCUUUUUAUGAAUGUUUUAUAAUGUUGACUACAUUGCCAUGUUUGAUGAGAAGUCUAAACUAGAACUUGGCCCGCAUUUCAAAGCAAAUGGUUCACCUUUCACAGAGAUAUCCUUUUUGUUUUGUUUUAUGAAAAAGGACUUAACCUCCACAUUAGCUCGGUGAGUUGCUUUCCCAUCCGUGAGUCCAGAGUUGUAAUCUUGGACUCGUCCUGUGUCAAGCACUGCCAGUUAACUGUAUAGGGUCAGUUGUUAAUGCUUUAAUCCUAUCUCUGUACUGUAACCUGCUGAACAGCCAGGCUCCUCUCCUACAGUUUAGACUGCUGGGCCUGCACUCUGAGGCCUUACCUUCCUGUUCCCCACAACUCUGAGGCUCGGAAGCAAACCUCCUCUAGCUGUAUUACUGUUAGCUUAACUUUUUUAAUGCUUCUAUGAAUGACAUGUCAGUUCACACAAUAAAAAUAAUAAAAAUAAAGCCUUAUUUUGCUGA